ACAAUAUUUUACUUAGUCAACUAAUUUGACUAAUCAAAUCGAGUGAAUGACCUUUGUUUUCGAUUCCUGCAAUAUGUUUAUACAACCGUAUACUCGACAUAUACACUACACCAGAUUACUUGUGUAUACGUUGAAUAUACACCUGGAAUCUCACGAACCCUAGAUUUUCCUUUCCCCUUUCCGUUUACGUCAAGAUUCCUUUAUCUACGCUUGUAUUACUCAACUGUUCUAGCUGAGGAGGACCGCCUAUUUAUUCCGAAUUCGAUGCAACGUAAGUGUGCUUAGGUUGACCAAUUUUGAAUUAGUCAGAUUGUUGAAAACCGUUAAUCAUUUGGGGAUGAAGAUAGAGUAUACGCUUCUGGUGAUUUUGCUUGUUGCCUCAGUAAUUUCUUGCCGUGUAGCUGCAGAUUCGGAGGAGGAAGUUGCGGGCUUGAAAAAUCGGCAAGUGUUAGUUGAUAGUAGUAAUGAUAGAGGGAAGACAGCUGAUCUUACAAAGAAUAGUGCUGUUAAGUUAGAUAAUAAUGUGGAGCACAUUGAAUUAAAGGAAAAGGAGACGGAGCAUAAAAAGGGGGAUGGUGGAGAUGAGAGAGAUGCGUCGAAAAUGAAGAACGAGGGGUCUAGUUCGGAGUUGAAUAGGGAAUCUGAAGAAGGGAGAUUGCUGCCGGUAAGAGAAGAAUGUGAUUCCACGUCGAAUCAUUGUACAGAUGAUGAUAAGACGUUGGUUGCGUGUCUGAGAGUUCCUGGGAAUGAUUCGCCAUCACUUUCACUUUUGAUUCAGAACAGAGGUAAAGGUUUCCAGAGUAUCACAAUUUCGGCCCCUGACUCAGUUCAGCUAGAGAGAAAAAAGGUAGGGCUGCAAGAGAAUAAAGAUGCAGAGGUCAAGGUUUCUCUCGGAGAUGUGGAAAAUGGCCACUUCGUUGUCCUAACAGCUGGACAUGGCAACUGCACUCUUAAUUUGAAAGAUGAAUCUAUGAGCAGGAAGACGGAUAAUCAUAACCCGAGCUCCUCGAACUUGAGCAUCUAUUGGCCAACUCUGUCUAGGGGAGUUGUGUUUUUGGGUGGCUUGGUAAUAGUUGGUAUUUCAAUUUUCAUGUGUAGCAAAUCAGGGAGGAACUACUUUACAAAAAAAGAUCGCAAAUACCAAAGGCUCGAUAUGGAGCUGCCGGUUUCCCAUGGCACCAACGCUAUCGACAGCUGGGAUAACAGCUGGGGAGAUACAUGGGAUGAUGAAGAGGCUCCAGUAACCUCCUUGCCCCUCACUCCAACCCGUAGGUUUAAGGAAGGUUGGAAAGAUUAGUUUACAUACAGAGAAACAAUACAUGCACCUUGUCAAUUUUUCCUUUUUGAGUUGGGGAGGGAUGACCGCCAACGGUGAAGUUUGAACCCGAAACCUGUCUCUUUUUCUCGGUGUUCAUGCAGAAAAGAGUGUGUUAUCCAAAACUCUGAAUAUGCUUUUGCUCAAAUUUGAAGGGUUUGGCUAAAUUAGUGACAUUGGUUAGAUUAUACAUAUGUAAUUGAUUAAAGGGAAAAUAGUCAGCAAAAUCAUGAAUCUUAGUCGAAUUUUCGGUUUCCUCCAACUUUUAAAUUGUCUAAUAAAACCAUGUGGUUUUAUCAUU